CUCUCAAUUAUAAAGAAACAAAAAGGCAUCCAACACAUAACUCGCUUUCAUUUGGAAUCUUCCCAUCUGCUUCGUAGUGUCCUUUGCCACACACAAGCACUUCAUGAACCUCCCAAGCCCACAUAACAUGAACCAUUCUAUCUCAUCUCUCUAUCCUUCUUUUUACCAUCUUUGAUCUUGGUUCUUGAGGAAGGAAGGAUUACAAGUGCAUGGAAAUCCCCAAAUUCAGGUAACUAAUUAAUCCAUAGCUCAAACAUUAGUCCACCCCUCUCCUGCCUUAUCAUACACAUAUAAAUAUAAAUAUAUAUAUAUAUAUAUAUAUAUAUAUAUAUAUAUAUAUAUAUAUUGUUGCCCUUAUCUAGUUGGAAUCAUCUGAAAGACUUUAUAUUAUAGCUCAAAAGAUCACCCAUCUCCUCCUUUAGUUUGAAACAGAUCAAAGGGAGUCAAAAAGAGAAGCAGCACAAGCCUACACCUCUAUGCUGUCCUUCUAUUUUUAUCCAACACUGAAAGACAUUACCAUAGCAUAAAAAGAUCACCCAUCUCCUCCUUUAUUUGAAAAACAGAAACCAAAAGAGGAAAGCGGAAGACCACACCUCUUUACUCUUCCUUCUAGCUAUUCCCUCCCUUAACUAUCAAAACCCCACAAGUCUAAUCUUCAAAUUCCACUACCAACCUUGGAAAGUCAUCCUAUAUCAAAACAGGGGGCAAUAAACAACAGAAGGAUUUGUGGGUAUAUGAGUGAGAUGAAUUCUCUACUUUCCAUCUCGUUUGUGGUCCGAUUUGUGGUUGAAUUGCUUUGGAACAACGAAAUCUCAAGCUUGUAUGCAUAAUCAUUAUCAGAAGAGAGAUCAGAGGCUUUUGUUGUUUUAUAUCCUAGUGAUCUUUGUUGUUUGUGAAGGAGUGAAUUACUCCAAGCUAUGGUUAAUCUUCAUCACAGUCCACACCGCCUACUCCUUGAGAGAGAACCAAGCCCACCGCCUACAAAUGGAAGCAGACCGCGCAGCUCUUUCGCCAAUGAAGCAAAUUUCGACACCAACAUGGUCAUCAUCCUAGCAGCCUUGCUCUGUGCACUGAUAUGUGCACUUGGGAUAAACUCAAUUGUGCGUUGCGCCUUGAGAUGUAGCCAUAGGUUGGCUUUUGAGACAAGGGACGAGGCAGCAGCGCGCCUAGCUGCAACAGGACUGAAGAAGAGCGCGCUGAGACAGAUUCCAGUGGCUGUUUAUGGUGCAGGAAUUAGUAUUCCCGCGACAGAUUGUCCAAUAUGUCUUGGUGAAUUUAUGGAGGGUGAGAAGGUCAGAGUCCUACCAAAGUGUCACCAUGGUUUUCAUAUGAGGUGUAUAGAUAUAUGGUUGGCUUCACAUUCGUCGUGUCCAACUUGCCGGCAGUCAUUGCUUGAGCAACCAGCAGCAUGUUCUGAUGCAGCAGAUUUGGAAGCUGGAUCGAGGCAACCUGGAAAUGCAUCAGGACGACAUGGUGAUGCCCCAGGGUCUGGUGAAGAGAUGAAUGUGUAAGGAAGCAAAACAGCUCUAGUCAUUGCAAUUUAGAAGUCCCAUCUCCGACCCAUAUGGGGCCUUCGACUGAGAAUCCACCAAGCUGCAGUGCACUAGAGUCAUAUCAGGUCAUGCUGAUACCAUAGCAACUCUCGUUACUUGCAUCCACAAUAUUCUCUAAUGGGAAUCACUUUGCUAACUUUCACAAAGAUCAUAGUUUUCAUUUAUGAAGUUGUGGCCCGAAGAUCGCGUUGAGAUCUGAUUUAGACUUGGAAAAUGGGUUUUUUUGACCUGUUUUUCUCUUGGGGAUCGUGGACUCGGUUUUAGGACUCUGUUAUAACCUAGUUGUAAAGGGGUUUAGGGUUUGGAGUGUGGUAUGAGAGGACACUAAAAGACGCAGUUUAGAGAAUGAGAGAGUUUGGGGGCUAAAACUUGUAAUCUCACCUAACCACAUAUGUGUGGUUUUUUCUUUGAUUUGUUCUUAGUUUGUGGCAUUCGUAGUAACAUCAUUUUUCUUUUCCCUUCCUAAAGAGGAAUAAUGUUUGGUUUGUGUUUUUUUUUUUUCGGUGAUUAUUCUAGUUUUGGACAUGAACCCAAAAAAUUUCAGUCCUUUUCUUUGUUUCAAGUGAAUCAUAGGAGCUUGUUUAUUUGUAGAUUAAAAAGAAAAGUAGAAGCAAAAGAUGAUAGUAACAGAAACAUUUGUCAAUCACUUCAUUUGGCAUUGGAAGAGUAAUAAUCUAUAGUUCCACUUUUCUGCCCCCUGUGAUUUGAUGGGCAUGUGGAUUAGAAGCAUAUAGGACACAAGGAAUCUAUCUUAUUGUGCUCAUAGAAUGGAAUCUCAAACCCUCUUUUUCCCUCUUCUUUUCUCUCUCUUUUACCAUUGUGGCUUGCCAGGCCCACACUUAUAGAAAAUUUAUUCAUUCAUUCACUACCUGCAAUUCAUGGACUAUGUGAAGAGGACUGUGUGUUGUGUGUGAUUGGGACCUAUUGCAAAGCAUCAUUCAUAAUUGGACCACGGGCUUCGUACCUCAGGCUGGUUGAUAUCUAUCUUUCAGAUUUUCUUCGAUUGGAAAAGAUUGUCCAAAAGAAUUUUAAGUGAGCAACUGAUCAACGUUGAUGAUGACUUGUCACAAGGAAGUCAUCUUUUGAUCUCUAUUCACAAUAUGCCCACUAAAAAAUGUUAUUGUGCCACUAUGGUUACAUCUUGCAAGGACACAUCUAAGUACCAUUAUGGUACAGGAUUUGACACAAAUGCACUUGUUCAAAGGUUGAAACCUAGGUAUUGUUUCAAGCUUGGUCUUUGGUGAUUAGUUGGUGACUUUAGUGUCAAUAACUUGGCUAGUUGAGUACUGUAUUGGUAGUAUAUAACCGCAAAAUCUGAAUUUUGAAGCUUUCACUGAUGUGGGUAUGUUUGGCCCUUGAAUGGUCUCUCAAGGUGGUUGCUGAAAUUUUUAUUAGAAAGUGAACAGAUCUCACUUUUAGGGGUGUGUGUGUUGUGUAUGUGUGUUUAACCAUCCUUGGCAUAUUCAAUUUAUAGGCACUUGUUCCAUUCCAUGCUGAGAAGUGAUUGAGAGAGGGUAGGCAAGAGGGUUCACUGUAUUUUAUUGCUAGGGCAAUAGAACUCUUGAGACAAACUUUCAAUGGGGCUCACAAACCAUGACAAACAUUAAAGCCCAGACUUGGAUUACAAG